CGAAAACUUAUGUAAAACUAAUAUUUUUCGGAAAAAAUUUCUUAAAACGUUUGAUACAAUUUUGCCCGCGCUAGGCUCACCACAAAUUUAAAAAUUUUCGCAGUUUUCAGUACUAGUUGUCCAGUUGAACAAUCGUUGCCUAUCGAAAAACGCUCGUCACUUAUAUUUUAUCAAAAAAAAGUAAAUAAAUAAAAAAUAAAAUUCACCUGCAAAACGGAGCAACACACACUCGAAACUGCUCAAAUGGACGACGAGGAGACCUCAGAAAUCAAUUCUGUUCACGGGGGGAAUGAAGGUGAACGUACAGAGGAACACCAGGAGCGCACACAGGGUCUCCAGGAUCAGCAGGAGGUACACCUGGAUCAGGCUUGGCACAAUGCAAUAGUCGAAGAGCAGGCACCUAGAGCUGAUGAUUUCGAGGAUCCACUAGCCAUCGAGGGGAAUGGAGAUGUACGGGCAAUCAUAACGGAUGGCGGAUUGCAUGCAUGGGCUGGGGAAGGUCCGGAGGUCAUGGCAGAUGACGUUUUGCAGGAUGACACCGCCAGUGAGGGUAGUCAUCCCAGCAGCGACAUGUCCCUGGAGAGUCCAGGGAGUGAGGAUGAUUCCGACUUAGAUCGCCUGCCUGGCUGGAUGAUUCCCCAGAAUCGCCUGCGCUCCGCCGUGGAUAUGAUGGUCUCGCAAGCACGUAACCGAGAAGGCGGAAUCGCAGCUCUGCUCAACCGUGACAACUUCCUACAGCGUGUACGCAGCAUGGUCUUUAGACAGGAGCGUCGACGCAGUCGCACCAGUGAGGAUACCAGUCAGGAGGCAACCGAGCAACCAAAUGAUACCCCACCACCGCAACCAUCUCGACCACCAAUCGACAUUGAACUGGAGGAGGGAGUGCGCUUUGACACCAAUCUGCCAGCAGAGCAUUCGUAUUUUGGCAACCAUUUGAGCCGCGUGCCUGGCGUCGACUAUUUGGAAGUGGGCAGCCACCAUCAUAUGCUCAUCUUCCUCCACCAGCACAUUCUGUUUCCCGGUGAGGUUUUGCCGUUUAUGAUCGACGGCAGAAUGUUCGACGACGAUAUGCCCGGCCUGGAUGGCUUAAUCUUCGGAGUGGGUUUUCCAUUGAUGGAGCCACCGGAAGACAACCCUCACAAAUUGUAUGGGGUCACUUGCCAGAUCUAUGAGAGGGGCGAAAGCGGUCGUGGUUUGGUGUUCUACAAAUCCAGAGCUCUACAGCGUAUCGUCAUUAACUGUAAUGACAUACAAGGACCACCGCAGUAUAUAGCCCGAAAUCCUACUAGCAAAUGUUUUAGCAAAGUCAAAAUAUUGCCGGAGUACUUCCUGCCCGAACCUCUCCAAUCCGUUGAUAUGGGAUCGAUGGCCAGAUUUCGGGAUAUUCCCUCGAUGCGUGACAAGUACCGCAGGUUUCAGCUUACCAGUACCCCUUGGCCGGCUGAUGCCUGUCAAGAGUAUUCAUUCGCUGCCAUCUUGGAAUGUGCACGCCAGAGGCUAGAGAGCCAAAAAAUAGACACCAUGCCAAAAUGCCCCAUUCAGUUGUCUUUCUGGCUGGUGCGAAACCUUCACCUGACCGAAAAGAUGAUGCGGUUGACCUUCCUCACCGACUCCGUAAACACUCGCCUCCAACUGAUUAAAAGCACGUUCAAGGAGGAGUCACUAUUUUUCUGCCGUUAUUGCAAUAGCAGCCUGGCCCACUGUGCGGAUCUCUUUGCCAUGUCCAAGCACGGUGUCCAAACACAAUACUGCAAUCCAGAGGGUUACAUCCACGAAACAAACACCGUGUACCGGGUAAUGUCGCACGCCAUUGGCUAUAGCGGCGAGCCGUCCACAAAGUUUAGCUGGUUCCCCGGCUACCAAUGGCACAUCAUCCUGUGUAAGUUUUGUGCCCAGCACGUUGGAUGGGAAUUUAAGGCGGUUCAGCCGAAUCUAACGCCUAGGAUGUUCUUUGGGUUGGCCGGCUCAAGCGUUCGAAUUGGAAAGGCAAGCGAGAACACGCCGGUUAAUGGCAGCACCUUCGUGGUGCGAAACAUGCUGCGCCAUAUUUCCAACGAAAUGGAAUGAGGCUGGCGUUUCGUAAAGCGAUUGCUCAGCCGCAAACUCUGCUGCUGGUGUCGUCCGAGGAAUAAUACGGUCCAUCAGGUGGGACCUGUUUGAUUCGUUUCACAACCAUUUAGCAAAACCCACUGCGGUUGAUGGCGUGGAUGUAAACCGAAAGAUUGAUCUACAUAUGAAUGCAUAUAUGUUCUUUAGUUCAAGUAAAUUAUACCUAAUUGAUAUUUAAGAUUCAUUGAAACUAAAACUUCUCUGUAAUAAGUUA